AUGCCACAAUCAUAUCCCAUUCCUUGCACUCGUCAGUUCACCUUUACUCGUCACUCGGAUUUCGUCUUGGAGGCUUUUUAUGCACAGCCUGAAGAGCUUCCGAAUGGAAAUGUUAAGAUUGGUACCUUUAAGGUUACUGGCGUCGUGCCCUCUGCUCCCGGCGAAUCUUGCACUAUCAAGAUCAAAGUUCGCAUCAAUGCAAGUGGCAUCUUUACUUUAUCACAUGCGCAAUUGGUUGAGAAACAAAUAAGGGAGGCGGGUGCUGAGGGCGAAGAAAUAGAGCAGUCUUCGGAGGCUCCUGCAAACGGUGACGCCUCUCAGACGGCCGGUCAAGCAAAUGAGAGUGAGGUUACUCCGCCUACUGAAUCUGCUGAGCUUAAGAAAAAGAAGAAAGUCUUUACUAAGCACAUAGAUUUGUGCAUGGUCCCUGAAAUAAUGCAAUUCAGUCAGCAACAGUUGAUGAAUUUCAUGGAGCGUGAGUCUCAGAUGAUUUCUCAGGAUCGGCUGGAGAGAGAGCGUUCAAAUGCCAAAAAUUCGGUAGAGGAAUAUGUCUAUUACAUCCGGGAUAAACUUUCGACCACUUGCGAACGCUUCGUACAGUCCUCUGACCUAGAUACCUUCUGUCACAAGUUGUCAGAGACUGAAGAUUGGCUCUACGGGGAUGGAGAAAAUCUUGCUAAGCAGGCUUAUCUGGAUAAAUUAAAGAGCUUACAACUGUUCGGAGACCAGGUUGAGAAUCGUGCCCGGGAAGCGGAACAAAGGCCAGGUGCCUUGGACAAAUUUAGGCGCACUGUCUAUGUAUGUCUUGCUUACUAUUAUUUUCAUUACCUUUUAUCUUUUCUCUGUCUUAAUGAUGAUAUAUAUAUAUGUCGAUUUAUAUAUUAUUUUGCUUACUAUGCUUUUCAGCAUAUUCACAAGGUCCUCGAUGCAAUUGAACAUCGGGAUGCAGCCUACAGCCAUCUGACUCCCGAGGAAGUUUCUCUCGUAAAGACUACGUUGCAGCAGAAGGAAUCUUGGCUUAAUCUUCAAGCACUACCUGAGAACAACAGGCAUCUAACGGAAAACCCCGUUGUUCUGUGUUCACACAUUACAGCUGAAAGAGAAGCACUGGAAUCGAUUUGUCUUCCCAUCAUUAACAAAGCCAAGCCAGUCCCCCCGCAACCAGCACCGACACCAGGUGUGUCGGCUCCAGUUGCGCCCGAGCAACAAAAUCAAACUGCACAACAAAGCGUUCGUGGUUCCGGAAAUAUGAUUGCUCCAAAAGGUGAGGUCGACCGAGGUCAUGGGACUACAGUUGACAAGCUCUCUGAAGUUAACGGCGACAGAAAUAGGAGCGAGGCUAUGGAGACUGAUUAA